AUGGCUGCCGUCCUUAACGGACUCACCAUUCACACGAAGCCAGAACUUAUGGAGUGGACUCGUUUGGUUCUCCAGGAUUUCGGCUGCGUCGCUUCCAUCUUUGCGAAAGCAACUGCCCAGCUAGGCAUCGGCCCGGCGGUAGCCGUCUCCAGCCAGUAUGGCUUUUCAUCAACAAGGAUGGCAUUGACUGCGCCGCAAUCGAAGCCCGUCAUCAUGGCUCUGCCACGGAAACUCCUAUCCCGUGUCUUGAUCUUCGGAGUGGCCGGCUCAACCGACGCCGAGCAUCUUGUCGACUCCCUCGCCGCUUCCCCAGAUGAAGUCUUCAUCCCCAGUGAUUAG